AUGAGAUUCUCGACGGCAGUGGCCACGGCCCUUGUCCUGGCGCCUCUAUCAAUGGCUAAUCAGGUUCAGAACGUGUACCCUCGAGAUCUGAAGAAGGCUCUGCACGCGCGUGCCCCUGAGGGCGUCGAAAAGAGGACGGAACAAAAGGCUGACAUGAAGAUGGAAAUGAGCGAGAGUCAGACGAGCGAGGUCAUCAUCCUCUGGAUCAGCAAUGGAGGCCAAAAUGCGAGGCAAUUGGUCAACGACAAGGUCACCGUCACCAAGACGGUCACGGAGGCCAAGAACGCUGCCGAGACCCCUCUCACAAUCAAGGUCGGAGGCCAAGGCCUUGUCUACUCUCCCCCGGUCAACAAGAACAUACCGGUCGGCACCACUGUCAUCUGGGAGUUCUACGCCAAGAACCACACCGUCACCCAGUCCACGUUUGACAAGCCGUGCGAGAAGAUGCAGGGCGGCUUCGACACGGGUUUCAUGCCCAACCCAGGCAUGGACCCGCCGCCGAAGGUUGCCAUGCAAAUCUUAACCAGCGACCCUCUCUGGUUCAAAUGCUCUCAGGCCACGCACUGCCAGAAGGCCAUGGAACUGGCCGUCAAGAGCGGAGCCAACUCUACCGCGCCUGCUGGAAUGGAAGGCAGCAAGACCGGUGGCAUGACCGGCAAGGAAAGCAGCGCGGCCGGCGGUAGCAUGGCCGGCCAGAAGCCCGGUGCCCCUGGCGGCAUGGGGAGCGAAGGCAUGGCCGGCCAGAACGGUGCCUCCUCUGGCGGCAUGGGGAGCGAAGGCAUGGCCGGCCAGAACGGUGCCUCCUCUGGCGGCAUGGGGAGCGAAGGCAUGACCGACAAGAAGCCCGGUACCUCUAACUCCGAGGGCGGUGGUGCGAACGGCCUAGUUGGUGCGGCCGAACCUGGGGGCACCGUCGCAGCCGGCCAGGGCACCAUGGUCAACGGGGUCUGCAACUGCGUCGCUCCCUGCGGCCAGCCCGGGGCGGGCGGCGAAGCCUGUACCUGCAUGGUCCUGUGCGGCGGCGUCAUGACGUCCAGCGCCGGCGCCUCUGGCGGCAUGGAGGGCCGUCUUCCUACCGCCAUGAUGGCUGCCAUGAUUGGCAUGGGCGGCUCAGGAACCACGCCCAGCGCGAGCAGCUCAGGAACCCCGACUGGCAUGAGCAGCAUGAGCAGCAGCAUGAGCAGCAUGAGCAGCAUGGCUGGCAUGCGCUAA